AUGAGAAGGCAAAGGAGCUGGGCAGAAACAAGCGGGGAGAUGGGAAUAUAUGAAAGUGCGAACGCGAAAGCGCGCCCGAACGAAUACGAGGUGGGAUGGCAGGGAUUAAUGUAGUUGCGUUUUGAGGCAAGGCUCUGCUAGGAUGUCACGCCGAAAGAUGACACUGUCACGCCGUGAUGUGCCUUGUGCGAGUAUGAUACGAACUGGAGAUGGUGGAUGUCCUAAGAUCGCCUAACUUUGAAUGACGAAGACUCCUGAACAAUGACACGGUUCCCAAAUAUAAAGCAAUUAAGUGAUAGAAGCUGGAGGAUAAUAUAAUA